AUGGCGAGCCUCACACUNUACGGCUACUAUCGGUCGUCUUGCUCAGCUAGACUUCGCAUAGUCCUAGACUUGAAGGCCAUCGAGUACAAGCCUGUCUACAUUAAUCUCAACAAAGGCGAGCAUCUCAAGGAUGAAUACGGUGCAAGAAAUCCAUCUCGCUCUGUUCCGACUCUCAUGAUCGACGAAUCAUGGUGCAUACCACAGUCCGUUGCAGCUCUGGAAUACCUCGAAGAAGCUUACCCGCAAACAACCUCUCUUCUUCCUGCAGAUGCAAAGUCGAGGGCAGAUGUUCGCACCUUGGCAGAAAUCAUUGCUGUCGACACUCAGCCACCAACCAACGACACACCCAUGAAACGCGCUGAAUCUUCCGGAGCCAAUCGCUUGGAAUGGGCGAGGUUNCUUACUGAGAGAGGUCUCAAAGCUUUCGAGACUGUGGUCAGCAGAACGGCUGGACAAUACUGUUGUGGUGAUAGAAUCACUUUGGCAGAUGUGUGUCUGGUGCCUGCUCUGUGGAAUGCCGAGAAGUUCGGAGUUGCGAUCGAAUCUUUUCCGACUAUUUCUCGGGUAUACGGUGUUUUGAAGGAGCAUCCUUCGUUCAUAAAGUCGCAUUGGCAGAAUCAGCCUGAUUGUCCCGAGGAGUUGAGAUAA